UGAUAUUUAAGUCCAUACAAUAUAUAAUACCUGAGGUCUGAAGUCCACAUUUCAAAAACAUUCAAGGCACAGAGAUAUUAUUCACACCAAUAUUCCAAUUAACUGCCCCAAAGUAAAAUCAGACCCAGAUUCUAAUGUAUUUUGUAAAUUAUUAUAAAGUAAACACUUUUUAAUUGUAAUGUAGCUAAUCAAUUGUUCCCCAAUAAAUUACUGGAGGAAUAUCUUGAAUGCAUGUGUGUUAUUUAUGGAUCCAGAGGGCUGAGAGUGAGCUGACAGGAGUACACCUUUCCUGUGUAAUUUGCUGUAAGCCUCAUGGCCUGUUUCAAUAGCCAGCCUGUCAGCCAACAAGUAUUGUCUGUUUCAGGACAUUUCAGGAUUCCUUGCUUUGAAAAUGUUCUAUGCUGGUGAUGCUCAUGUUUAGUUCCAGUACAGAUAUUUUUGUUCCAGGUGAGUUUGUACGCAUGCGCAGUAUUAACAGACCAAACUUCCUGCCAGAUAGUGCUCCUAACAACACAGGAGCUGUGCGAAUUAUAAAGAAGCCAGAGCACGUUGAUACAGAAAUAUUACACUUUACCAACAUGCGCCCUCUGAAAGACAGACAGUGAGCGUGCCAAGAGUGUAUCCCGACAGGCAGAAGGACCUGGCUCUUCUUCCCUCUCCUCCUACAGAUAUGGAUGAGUCGCAGGACCUGGCCGAGCUUCCGAAAAAGAAAGCUCGUCAUGAACCAGACAUUAGCCAGGAGGGACAACAGGGUGUAACUAACAAAGACACGGACUCCGCAGAAAGAAAUGAUUCUGUUGCUCUAGGGUCAGAGGUCAGCUCUUACCCUCCUUCCUCGGUGCCUCAUCUCGACGCAGUUUCUGGGAGUAGUGAACAGUCAAGUCAAGAGACAGGAACUGGAAACCAAACAUGUGAUACUGACAACUCCUAUACCAACAAUGCUGUAACCUGCAAAGACCUUACUACAACUACAGGCACUGAAUAUACCUCACAGAUCUACCAAGGAAGCAACCCUGCAGUCACAGCCUACGCUAGCCAAGGGGCCUUCUCCCUCCCGCAGUCCUCCGUGUACAACACCUUCCCCCAGGGUGGACAGACCUACGGCCUUCCGCCUUUUGGUGCCAUGUGGCCUGGCAUUAAAACAGAGACAGGGUUGCCUGAGGCGCCCUCUGUUGGCCAACCUGGGUUUCUCAGCUUCAGCACCGCAUAUACCUCCACCCAGCUCGGCCAAGCGCACUACUCCUACCCCAGCCAAGGAUCCUGUUUCACUACAUCCAGUGUGUAUACUAACAUCCCCUCUGCUAAUGUCACCGUGACAACCGCAGCCACAGCGCCAGGCAACACCCAGGAAUUCACCUCCUACAACUCCUUGAACCAGAACCAGUUUGCCCAGUACUACGUCCCUCCAUCCAGCUACCUGCCUGCCGGGCUGCCCAGCACUGACGGAGACGCUUCGGGUGUGGUGGCAGCCGCCUAUCCAGGUGUGAAGUGUGAAGAAGCCGUGCCUGCUGGCCUUCCCAGUACCACAGAUUCGUCCCCAGGUGUGGCUCUCCCCACUGGUGCUCGGGAGCAGGACGACUCGUCACGCAGGAACCCCCCUGGCAAAUCUAAAGGAAAGGCCAAGAAGGCUGACAACUCCCAGUCCAUAGACAACGACUUAGAGCGCAUCUUCAUAUGGGAUCUGGACGAGACCAUCAUCAUCUUUCACUCUCUGCUCACCGGCACCUUUGCACAGAAGUUUGGCAAGGACCCAGCCACUGUUCUUAAUCUGGGCCUUCAGAUGGAGGAGCUGAUCUUUGAGCUGGCAGACACCCACCUGUUCUUCAACGACCUCGAGGAGUGCGACCAGGUGCACGUUGAGGACGUGGCCUCUGACGACAAUGGCCAAGAUCUGAGCAACUACAACUUUGCUACUGACGGCUUCACGGGCCCCAGUGGGGGGGGGGGUCCCCCCUCUGCCGCCGUCCAGGGAGGAGUGGAGUGGAUGCGCAAGCUGGCCUUCCGCUACCGCCGCCUCAAAGAAAUCUACAACGCAUAUAAAGGCAACGCAGGAGGUUUGCUGAGCCCCAUGAAGAGGGAUCUGCUCCUGAGGCUGCGGGCGGAGAUCGAGACUGUGACGGACUCCUGGCUCAGCAUCGCACUCAAGUCCCUGCUACUCAUCCAGUCAAGGGGCAGGUGUAUGAACGUUCUGGUCACCACCACCCAGCUUGUGCCUGCACUGGCUAAGGUGCUACUCUACGGCCUGGGAGAAGUGUUUCCUAUUGAGAAUAUCUACAGUGCUACAAAAAUAGGGAAGGAGAGCUGCUUUGAGCGCAUAGUCUCCCGCUUUGGGAAGAAAGUGACGUACGUGGUUAUUGGGGAUGGCCGCGAUGAGGAAUUUGCGGCAAAACAGCACAAUAUGCCCUUCUGGCGCGUCUCUGCGCAUGGAGAUCUGGUGUCCCUACACCAGGCUCUGGAGCUGGACUUCCUGUAGGAGACAGAGGGAAGGAAACAGACAUGGGCCACAGAGACAGACACAGCAGCAUAGCAUUGGGAGAUGGUGGGGAGGUGUUCAUCUAUACUAUUCCCAGUCUCGCUCUCUCUCACACUCACACACACACACACACACACAUACAUACACUAUAUAUAUAUAUGCUAUAUAUAUACAAAUAGAUCAUGACAGCUGCCACUAUGGAUUUGAAUGGGCGUUGGUGUGCUUGGUAAUGCCAUUGAGAACCAAACUGGAGCACUGGAUGACUGGAUCAACUGCCAUUGGACACCUCCUGCUCCUCUUUCUCCCUCUAUGGCAGCUAUCCUCCUCCUCCUCCUCCUCCACUGGAAGGAGCUGCCUUCUAGGAUUCCCCAGUCAAGGCAGCACAAGGUGAAAAGAACAGGACAUCUUCUGUUUCAUUUUCAUCUUUUCUUUUCCACUCCUGAUCAUACCCAAUGGAGUCUCCCCACCACACACACACACACACACACACACACACACACACACACACACACACACCACGGGCCGUCAGGGGUUGUCGCUCCAGCUGUCAUGUUUUCACCAAAGGAAUGACCAAAGGUCUGCACUGUCAUGAACUGGGAUGAUUUUGCUUUUUUUUCAUGUAGUAAUCAUUUUUUUGUUUUGUUUUCUGUAGUCUGUAGUUGCAAUCCCUCAUGUAAGGAAUCUAGAAGUUCUGGCAAUCUUUUUAUUUCAUAAUUCAUUCCAGGGCUUAAAAAAACGAAAGUGAAUUAUCAUUCAACAUGUAACUUACUGAAGGUGUGUAAGAAGUUGUUUUGAAAUGGUCACUGCCUCUACAGUUUUUGUGUUCUUGGAACAAACAGGGUUCCCUUUUUUUAGCUAAAUCCACUCCCUCCACUUCACUGAAGCCGUUUGGGUGUGUUGCUGGCCUAGCAUCAUCUUUCUGUCCGAUAAGAGUCCCACUUAAGAGUAGUAGCAGGAAGCAGGUCUACAAAUAAAGACAGCCAAGCCCUUUUCAAAGAAUGGCAAAAGGAUUUCACUUUCUGCGUGUGCAGCAGGUCUUUAGAGGUGAAAAGGUAACAGACUUCUCUUUCCCUUGUUCACCUUGACUGAAUCUCGCUCGUUGCCUCAUUGCCUGGCAGCAGCACACACACACACACACACACACACACACACACACACACACACCAAACCCCAAUGUAGAAGUUGCUUUGUGGAAGUACGUUUAGAAAAGUCAUUGACUGAGAGAAGUCACCUGAAAUGCCUUGACCUGUCGCAACCCGGCAACAUACCACGGCAACGUGAAGCAAGUGGAGGGUGUCAGAGAAAGCUCAUCAUGGUGGUGUUUUGUGUCUCAUUAUUACAUGUUUGUGAGAAGGAAAGGGGGGAGAAACGAAUCAGAUAGUGCAAUAUGUUUCUGGUCAGUGGUAGUGUUUGUUUUCUGUUUCAAGUGACAUUAUUCUUCUUAUUUUUAGUUUGAGCUGGAGAUAGUGAUGGAGGGAGAGCUCGUGGGUGUGGAAGCCCUCGUCAGUGAGAGAUUAUGACUGAACAAUUCUGAGCCGGAAGUCAUUAGAGCAUUGUUUUUUUACUCAUGCAGCUUGGUGAUUAAGAAUGUGUACACUCUAUUUGAUUGUUUGUUUUUGUUUGUUUGUUUGUAUGUUUACUGGGUGUGUAUCUGUAUAUAUUUAUAUUGUGCCUUUUUGAACCCAUAUCUACGUAUGACGUGCAUCAUCUUAAAGGGAUUUAUUGAAAACCGUGUUAACCUAUUUUACUUUAGUGUAUGCUUUUGAUUUGAAGUGUUCUUUUCUUUGUUGGUCAUGUAAGCCUUUUAUACCAUUUAUAUUCUAUGUAUGUGUUCAAACCUUUUCUUUUUAGGCUAUAAUAGCUUUUUAUUCAUCCGUGCACAGGAACUAUCAUCUUUUUAAGAGGUUGCUUGUAGCCUACACACACACACACACACACACACACACACACACACACACACACACACACACACACACACACACACACACCAUCCUGCUGAUUGUAAAGCUUGCCCAUCCUACUCUUCUGUUUCUUCUUCAGCGCUGUCCACUCUUUCGGGGUCAGCAUCAUGUCGUAGACAGCGAAAUGCAAUGUCAAUCCUGCAGCAUUGCUUAUUUUUCCCCCUUCAUCUUGUCGGGUGGACACUAAAGGCAUGUGCUGGCUACAAUGAGGUACUGCUGCACGCUUUUAUUGCACAGACAAUCACUAAAGGUACUCAAGGAUGGAUUCAGAUGAUGGAUUCCAUGGUUCUGCUCAAAGUGGCAUUUGACAGAUGCUGUCAUACAUGACGCUCUAGGCUUUCUGUUGUAGCAAGACCCAUUAUUCCAGGUGAGCUGGCCCCUUCACAGAUGCGUAUAGGUCUACAACAUCGUAAAUCUGAAACUGUCUUUAGUUACUAAUCUUUAUGUUGACUUUGACAUUUAUAUACUAUACUAUGUAAAUGUAUGAACUGUUUUAGGAAUAAAACCUUACGAGAGAUUGGUAAAUGCAAUGAAUGACAUUAUCUUGAUGUGUAGGUGUUCAGAACAUUGCAGCGUCUGUUGACCUGUCUACCUAUACGAUACACAACCUGCAACCUCUUACUAAAAAAAGAGAAAAAACACCUUGUCUUUGAGUUGUCUCUGAAGAGACUAAAGCAGCUUGGACUCAUUUUGCAUUAUUGAAAAGUGAUUUGGCAUAGCAGUGGUCAACCUGACCCUUGACCCUGAUUGUGCCUGUUCUUCAUGUGCGUCCUGUUUUGCAUCAUGACUUUGUAUAUGAACAGCAGAGCGUAAUGAAGGCACACUGUUUACUGGGACACAUCUCAACUUGACUCCUAUAUCAUAUGUACAGUGAGACAGAAUUCUUAAAUGGCCUCUUUCAACUGUUUUUUUGUUUGUUUUUUGAUUGUUUGUUUUUCCUUCUCUCUGAUUGGACCGGAAUACUGUUCAAGGGCCAACAAGGUUUUUCCUGUGUACUUCGAUGAUGACGCGCCUGUCAAUGUAAAUUAAAACGGUCGUUCUUGA